AGUGAUCAGAUGGCUCUUACCGGCGACCGGAGACGCGACGGCAACGGCAGCCCCUUGGUGGCCGGAACCCGGUUCUUCAAAAUCAUCCUUCAGAGCACACUUUGUGACAGAAAGCUCUUGAUUCCUGGUGAAUUCGUCCGAAAUUGCGGCGAGUGCUUGCCGGAAUCCGCUAUUUUGAAGGUCCCAAGUGGCGCAACAUGGGCGGUGGAUGUGGUUAGGGACGAAAUCGGGGUCUGGUUCAGCAAUGGAUGGCAGGAAUUCGCAGAGUUCCACUCUUUGGAAUUUGGGCAUUUUCUGGUUUUUGAGUAUGAGGGUUGCUCCAGGUUCUCUGUGGUUAUAUGUGAUAAGACCGCAGCUGAGAUUGCCUACCCAAUUCCUACAACUUCUGAACCAAAUGUGGAAGAAAUUGAGGAUUCCUUUGAUACACGCAUAAGAAAGAAGUCUAAACCCUUGAGUGAGGUUUCUCCGCGUCAAGCUAAGAACAAGAAGAAGAGGAUGAGGGGUAGUAUUUCGGCUGAGAAUGCUGCAGAAAUGGGAUCUUGGACACGGAUUGUAUCCCAGGCUGAUGGUUCUGAUGAUGAACAAGAUGGCGAGUCUAAGAGGAUGCCCUCGUGCGCGAGGCAAUGUAGAGCUAUCACCGGAUUCACCUCACCACAUCCGUUCUUUGAAGUCCAAAUCACUACGAGUAUGCUGAAAAAAAAGAGGCUUCUGGUACUUCUUCAAUUGAAUUGCAUAAGCUUGGCCGGUUGUGUUUUGUGGCACAUUCCACAGAAUGAGAAGGUGGUUGAGCUCCAGGUUAGGGAUGAAACUUGGUCUGUUGCAGUGGUUAGGAAGCAGAACAAGUAUGUUAAGUUUGCAGGUGGCUGGCUAAGGUUUGCGAAAGAGAAUUUGGUCGAGCCGGGGAACUUUUGUGUCUUCGAGUGCAUUCGCAGUUCCAUUUCUCUGUGUUCAGCUGCCAAUGAUUUAGUGAGAAAAGGAAACAGUGAUCAUAUAACUAAUCUCUUCCAUUUGGGCGGGAACAGGAAGUGUAGUUCUGGCACUUCUCUGGUUCAGGACAUGAACAGAAGCAACAAUAACGGAGUUGGUGGAAGACAGCAGGAACAUCUGCAGUGUGGUGAAAAUGCCAAGCUCAAUGAGUGCACAAGAAAGAGAAGACCUAAUGACGAUGGAGGGAAAAGGAAAGCAAACUGGGAAACUUCAAGGAGGGGCAGAGACUCACUGUUUGUGAAGGAGAUAAACAGCAACAAUGGAAGUGGUGCGAAGCGGCCAGAGCAACCGCUCUCUGUAGAGAAUGCAGCGCAAAAUGUGUUCAUGAGUGCUGGGAAGAGGAGUACAGCCAAUGGUGGAGAGAACAGCAAAGUGAACCAGGAAGGUCCGUGGAAAAAUGGAGCUUCUAACAGACCUUCCAGUUCAAGGCGUCAUAGACCCACAAUUCAACCUGUAGAAGGGUUUACUUCACGGCCUGAUUUUCUCCAAGUCAGUGUCACAAAAUAUGCAGAAAACACUGGCCUGAAGAUGCAUGGAGGGUUUGUUCUGAGGUACAUCACCAACUGGAAUGGGAAAAUGGUGGAGCUUAAACUUGGAGAAAGAGACAUGGUUCGUGGAAAUUAUGUCACGCCGUGGUGUUCCUACUAUUUGUGAAGGGUGGUGCCGAUUUGUGCGUGAUAACUCUCUGAAAGCUGGUGACACAUGUAUAUUUGUGGGCACUGCCAUGGAAGAUGUGCUCCAAGUUCACAUUUUAGAUGAAUGAUGCUUGUGAAUUGGAAAGUUUGAAACAUCUGUUAGAUUGAGUAUCAAUGUAUGGUAGGCUGUGUAAGGACUCCAUUUAGAUUCUGACCACGUCAUUAAUUCUAGGAU